UCAUGUUGUGUUAACACUAAGGACAAAAGUGUCAAACGUACUGGAUCGUCAUCGCCAUUCCCAGACACCUUUAAAAUUCUGAGAAGAUAAGUCAUACCAUUUUUUUCAGAAUGUUUUGCCACACCUUUUAAUUUCCAGUCAAACUGGUUUAACCUAAAUGCACUUCCCUGUGUUUUUCUUUUACUCUGUGUCACAGAAACUUUCUGCCACAAAGAAAGACAUCAACGACAGAAAAUGUUCUCAGGUACCAACCAAGAUGAACACCCGUCAGGCUACAACUUAGACCUGGACGAUGCCCUAGCGGGUGGAGACAAGGAUCAUGGUUGUGAUCAACAGAAGGACAAGAAGGAUGACAAGGAUCGCCAAAGACACCGUGAUACGGAUGAUGACGACAAGGAUCGCCAAAGACACCGUGAUACGGAUGAUGACGACAAUGAUCGCCACGGAUGCCGUGAUAAGGAUGAUGACGAGAAGCAACGCCACAGACGUGCUAAGGAUGAUGACGACAAGGAUCGCCACGGAUGCCGUGAUAAGGAUGAUGAUGAGAAGCAACGCCACAGACGUGCUAAGGAUGAUGACGACAAGGAUCGCCACGGAUGCCGUGAUAAGGAUGAUGAUGAGAAGAAGGAACGCCGCAGACGUCGUCGUGUUGAACGUAGGCAAGAACGUAUAAAACGCAGAGAACAAGGUUGUGGCAGUGGAAGCGGCAGUGGAAGUGGCAGCGAAAGCAGCAGCGGCAGCAGCAGUGAUGAUGGGCACGGAGGCCGUCGAAAGCACAAACAUGGUCACAAACAUGGGCAUGGCCGUGGGCAUGGCCGUGGGCAUGGCCGUGGACACGGUCAUGGUCACGGGCAUGGAGGAUGCAAGUAGAAUACAGGCAGCAGACACCCAGUCCACAACAUGUCAUGUGAACCUCCACCUGUCGCUGUGCAAAGAAAAUCUAUUAUGUUUAGGGCUGAAAUGUGACGUCCUAUCUUCUUGUUUUCUGGAAAUGUUAAUGCAUAAUAAAGAUCAAUAAAGACAUUUAAGGUG